ACCUAUUCAGCAUAUGUGGAUGCUGGAGGAUUCAACAUUAUCACCGCGGACUGGAAUCGGGUGGCAAAGAACAUAAUGUAUCCAAUGCCGGCCUAUUUGACUGUUCAGGUGGGUUCUAUAAUCGCCAAAUUGUUGGAAAAUUUAGUCAAUCUCGCGGUAAUUGACCCGUCUGAUAUUCAUGUUAUUGGCCAUAGUCUCGGUGCUCAUGUGUCUGGGGCAUGUGGAGCUGCAUUYAGYCUUGGGAAAAUUGGCAGAAUUACAGGUCUUGACCCUGCCGGUCCUGGAUUUGAGUACGUGUCUUUACGUUCAGAUCACCUAGACGAUACUGACGCAGCAUUUGUGGACGUGAUCCAUACAGCGAUAGGGACAGCUGGAUACUCAAAACCCAUAGGACACGCUGAUUUUUAUCCAAACGAGGGGAAACCCCCUCAACCGGGAUGUUUUGAAUCAUACAUGCCGAGUGCGAUAGCAAAGCUCAUUGGUUGCAGUCAUUCGAGGUCGCACAAAUUUUACACAGACUCCGUUUAUCAUAGGAAUUCGUUUAUGGCAACAGAAUGUCCUACGUGGGACAAGUAUACGAGUGGCGAAUGCAAAAAUAAUAAUAAAAGUUACAUGGGGCAUGACGCGGAUCCAAAGUAA